UCAGAUUCUUAAGGACUGCGCUGUCAUUUUGGAGUUUUGUUGUUAUUGUUUUCUUUUUUUAAUUUUGUUCAUUGAACAUGAAGCCGACGAACAAAGAAGUUCCAGAAUCUCCCCUGGUUUUUAAAACUAUUCCCCAUUUUUGAUUAAAACAGUUUUAAGUCUCAAUAUUUAAUUAUAAAAAUUAAAUUACAAUAUCUAUUUAAAAAAAAGUGGAAAUAUUUGCAUUCCUAACCUUUAAAAAGUGCAACAUUUAUAUACCUAUAGUAUAUAUGAAAAGUGUAUAUAAUUAAUGUGUUCUUUAUUACUCGCAAUCCUCGCAAUGAAUUUAUAAUACCAGAUGGUUAUCGUAAUUCUUGGAUUUCACUUGUGCUUAUUAUUAUUGUGACGUUUUUACAAUAUUCCUAUAGAACAUUUGCAAAGUGAUCAUGAUUGAAGAAGGAAGGAUGUCACGUGCUGAUUUAAAAAAUUGGCCAAUUUUCAGUCUUUUGGAUUCGAAAUUCAUUGCUAAAAUUCAUAUGGCCGUUGUUUAUGGAAGUUUAGGAAAUGAAGCACUUAUUGUUACGAAGGAGGGUUCUGUCUACGGUUUGGGAACAAAUGUCUCGGGCUGCUUAGGAACAGGUGAUGUGCACAAUACUCUAUUUCCAAAAAAAAUUGAUGCACUUUGCGAUAAGGGAAUAAAAUAUUUUACAUAUGGUAGUGGACCUCAUGUCCUUGCUCUCAGCAAUAAAGGUGAAGUUUAUUCGUGGGGUCACAAUGGAUACAGUGAAUUGGGAAAUGGAUCCUCAAAUCAAGGAUUGACACCAACAAUUAUAUCGACAAUUUUAUCGGAAAAACUUAUUGUCAGCAUUGCCUGCGGUAGUCAUCAUUCACUUGCACUCACAAAUGAAGGCGAGGUUUUUGCAUGGGGACAAAAUAAUUGUGGACAAGUUGGUAGUGGAAUGAAUUCCAAUCAAGGCGCUCCACGAAAAGUGAAUUCAAUUUUAUCUGAAAAAAAAGUGAUAUCCAUCACUUGUGGACAAACGUCGAGUAUUGCAUUAACUGACGUUGGUGAAGUUUACGGUUGGGGUUAUAAUGGCGUUGGACAGCUCGGUAUUGGAAAUUAUAUUAAUCAAUCGUGUCCAUGUCGCGUUAGUCAUCUUGUUGGAGUUGUUAUUGAAAAAGUUGUUUGCGGAUACUCGCAUACGCUGGCUCUUAGUGACGAAGGGACGCUUUAUUCCUGGGGAGGAAAUUCUUAUGGACAAUUGGGUCUUGGAAAUAAGGCGAAUUCUUGUUCGCCUGUUAAAAUUACAUUGCCAGAAAUGGGGAGAGUUUCUGAUAUUGCCGCAUUGCAUUAUAAUCAUAUCAGUGUCGCUGUCGGUCAAGGUGGGCGAAUUUUUAUGUGGGGUCAAUGUCGAGGACAAAGUGUUACGACUCCGGUUGCCACAUACUUGCCACAUAUUCACGAUGCUCUCGCUUGCUAUGCAACCCCGAGUGUGAUGCAUGAGCCUCUUGUUUUAAAUGCCGACGAGGACAGCGGAAUUCUCGAAUGCUUGAAACAGGCUUUCGAUGAUCCGGCGACAAGCGAUCUGACGAUUCAGGUGCAAGGAAAGUCAAUUCACGUUCACAAGUCUGUUCUUAAAAUUCGUUGUCAGUAUUUUAGAUCAAUGUUCCAAGAACAUUGGACUGAGAACAAUCAAAAUACUUUGGAGCACGAUCAAUUUUCUUAUGAAGUUUAUAGAUCAUUUUUAAAGUAUUUGUACACGGAUGAAGUCGAUUUACCAGCCGAAAAUGCACUGGAACUCUUGGAAUUGGCGAAUGCAUAUUUUGAAACACAACUCAAACGACGUUGCGUUCAGAUAAUUAAGCAGGGAAUCACUGUAAUGAACGUUGCAUUUCUCUACAAAACCGCGAUCGAAUACAAUGCCAAGGAAUUAGAAGACUUUUGCUUCAAAUUCGCUUUGAAUCAUAUGACAGCAGUUGUUCAAACGCCACAAUUUUCGAAAUUAGAUGAAGCCACGGUUAAAACAUUUAUUAUUAAGGCUGCUCAGGCCGCAGCGUUCAAAACUUAACUACUUAUUUGUGAUAAAAUGUAGUCUAGUCAGUUAAACUAUAUAUAGGUCGUCCACGAAAGAGAAAAAGGAGAGAUAAUUUUUAAUUAUUUUCAUCAAAAUUUUUGUUUUAAAAAAAAAAAACUCUUGUUAUUUAGUCAUUGUUGAUAUUAUUUUUUUCUAAUGUUGAAAAUUAAUUUUUUUCGGGCUGAUUUUGAA